GAAGCUGGGGACAGAGGGGAGCCGGGGAGAGCUGCGCGUAGGGCACAGGGGUCAGGGGUCAGGGCUGGGGACCCUGGUGACCCCCGUGCCCACCCCGGAUGGCAGGCAUCACGUGUCGUCGGCGCCAUGGAGUCCUGGCGGCGCUCGCUGUCCCCCUGCCCCUCCUCCCGGCCCUCCAGCCCCGGCUCUCCGCCCUGUGAGUUGCAGAGGGACGUGGGCAUCGAGGCCGUGCUGGACCAACUGAAGAUCAAGGCCAUGAAACUGGGGUUCGAGUUCAACAUCAUGGUGGUGGGGCAGAGCGGGCUGGGCAAGUCGACCAUGAUGAACACCCUCUUCAAGUCCAAGGUCUGGCGGACCCCCCUGACAGGCGUGGAGCUGACCACAGCCCAGACCCUGAAGCUGCAGUCCAUGACCCACCUCAUCGAGGAGAAGGGCGUGAAGCUCAGGCUGACGGUGACAGACACACCCGGCUUCGGAGACCAGAUCAACAACGACAAGUGCUGGGAGCCCAUCCUGGGCUACAUCCACCAGCAGUACGAGCAGUACCUGCAGGAGGAACUGCUCAUCACCCGCCAGCGCCACAUCCCUGACACCCGCGUGCACUGCUGCAUCUAUUUCGUGCCGCCCACCGGGCACUGCCUGCGGCCCCUGGACAUUGAAUUCCUGCAGCGGCUGUGCCGCACGGUGAACGUGGUGCCCGUGAUCGCUCGUGCCGACAGCCUGACCCUGGAAGAGCGAGACUCCUUCAGGCGCAGGAUCCAGCAGAACCUGCAGACUUACCGCAUCGAAGUGUAUCCCCAGAAGUGCUUAGACGAGGACUUCAACGACAAGAUUCUUAACAGCAAGAUCCGGGAGCGGAUCCCCUUCGCCGUGGUGGGGGCUGACCGGGAGCACAUGGUGAACGGCAAGUGUGUCCUGGGCCGGAAGACGCGGUGGGGCAUCAUUGAAGUGGAGAACAUGGCGCACUGCGAGUUCCCCCUGCUGCGAGACCUGCUCAUCCGCUCGCACUUCCAAGACCUCAAAGACAUCACCCACAACGUGCACUACGAGAACUACCGCGUGUGCAGGCUCAACCAGAGCCACCUGCUGCCCCGGGGUCCCGGCUGGGUGAACCUGACGCCGCCCGCCCAGGCCUCCCCGGGCGCCUCCCCGGGCCCCUCCCCGGGCGCCUCCCCCGCUAUCUCCCACCGCGCCCCUGCCCGCGCCCCUGCCCGCACCCCUGCCCGCGCCCCUGCCAGCGCCCCUGCCAGCGCCCCUGCCAGCACGCCUUCCCGCGUCCCUAGCCUGGCCCCUGCCCGCUCCCCUUCCGGCUCCCCUUCCCACUCCCCUUCCCGCGCCCCUUCCCUCGCCCCUGCCCGAGUCCCUUCCCGUUCCCCAUCCCGCUCCCCGUCCCACUCCCCGUCCCGCGCCCCUUCCCGGGUCCCUUCCCGCGCCCCUUCCCGCGCUCCUUCCCGCGCCCCUUCCCGCGUCCCUUCCCGCGUCCCUUCCCGCUCCCCAUCCCGCUCCCCAUCCCGCUCCCCAUCCCGCUCCCCUCCCCGCACCCCUCCCCGCACCCCUUCCCGCUCCCCUUCCCGCUCCCCUCCCCCGGCUCCUGCCCGCUCCCUUUCCCGCGCCCCUUCCCGCGCCCCUGCCCACGCCCCUGCCCGUGCGCAUUCCCGCGCGCAUUCCCGCGCCCAUUCCCGCGCCCAUUCCCGCGCCCCUGCCCGCACACCUCUCCUGGUCCUUACCCACGCUCCUGCCCCUUCCCGCGCCCCUUCCCGCGCCCCUUCCCACCCAUCUUCCCGCCCCACCAGCCCCCACACUGCCAGGCCCACCAAGUCCCGCUUGCGCGCUCCCACGGCUGCUCCCGUGGAUUCCGAGGAGGAGGAUUUCUGAGCCUGCUGGCGCGCGGGCCCACAGCCCGCCACCCCCGUCCGUGCGCUAGGGCACGCGUCAAGGGCAGCUUCGCUUCCAUGAAAAG